AUAGGCAAACUAAUUAAGAUAACCUGUAUGUAAACAAAGCAAAGCGUCACGGUGGGCAAAUCGGUUUUCAGCUGAUCGCAAUGUGCGUCAACGUGACCCGCUGCCGGGCCACGGCGGCACUCUGGAACGUAGCGGCGCUUGCCCAGAAACGCUGCUAUCAGUUUCAGUUGUCUGAGCGGACUCAAAGUGUGAGGAGCGCAAUAGACGUUGAUUUAGCAAUGCAUUCAAUAGAUACGGUCGGAGCACAGCACUUCGGCACGAAUGUAAGUGACGUUCCGCCAGUGGCGCCCCUCAUUGAGCCGUGCUUCCAUUUCACGCCCGAGCAGAAGGCGUCGGCUGGACAGCAGCCGUAUAUUUCCGAUCUGGUUACCAGUAAGAGCGCGCGCGGUGAGUUCUUCUAUGGCAUCGAGAUAACCGGACAAUCCAAGGGUAAGCCAACCUGUGUGGACUUCAAUGGGUUCCUGCCCGUGCUGCCCACGUUCAUUAGCAUCGUGUGGCUGCCCCAGUACUGGAAUGUGCUGCCCAUUGAGAGGGUGGAGACGCUGCAGCUUAUACGCAAUCUGGAGCCCCACAUACCGGCCAUGCCGCACUUGAGUCUCUUUCGGCAGACCAAGGAGCGCAUAGAUGAGUUUCUCGCCUUGAAUUUUAGAAAUAUGCUCGCCGUGCGCGGUGACAAGAUGGACGAGGAUCAGGUCUACCGCAACAGCUAUCAGCUGGUCGAGCAUGCUCGACGUGUCCGCGGCGUUAACAUUUCAAUUGCCGUCGCGGGACAUCCUCAAGGCUACCCGAACUUGAAGAGCGGACCUCAGGAUAUCACGGAGAACAUAGAAAUCCUAAAGAAGAAGAUUGAUAACGGCGCAGAUUUCAUAAUCACGCAGCUUUGCUACUCACCCGAGAUAAUUGUGGAAUAUCUGCGCUGCGUCCGCAACGCCGGCAUCGUGACGCCCAUAAUGGUGGGCGUGGUGGUGCCGGAUUCAUUCAAGUCCUAUGCGCUAAUUGAAAUGAUCUCAAAAAUAAGUCUGCCGGCCGAGGCGCGUGCCGAGGUGGAGAGAUAUCAGAACGAUGAUGCGAAAGCUAAAAGUUAUUUUGUCCAAUUGGCCGUGCGCACCAUUCAGCAGGUACUGGAUGCUAAUCUGGGUGUACAUGGCAUACAAUUCUAUACCUUGAAUCGCUUCGGGUCCGUGCAGGAUGUGCUCUGUGAGCUGCGAAAGCUGGGCAUAUUGAAGGAGACGCCGCCGACAGACGCUUGUGGGGAUGCUUAAAUUUAUUACAUAUUGACGCUCUAAAUUUUUUAUGGAAUAAACAUAUGACAACUAAA